AUGGCUUCUCGCCCUGUGCUGCAGAGGGAGAGUGUGUUCCAGACAGGUGACUAUGUCUACAGAAUCCCUGCUCUGCUCUACCUGCCCCAGCAGAAUACCCUGCUGGCCUUUGCGGAGAGGCGGGUGGGCAAGGCGGAUGAGCAUGCAGAGCUGAUCGUCCUGCGCAGAGGGGGCUACAACUCGACCACCCACCAGGUCCAGUGGCAAGACCAGGAGGUGGUUGCCCAAGCCCAGCUGGCAGGUCACCGGUCCAUGAACCCAUGCCCCUUGUACGAUGAGAAGACUGGAACCCUUUUCCUCUUCUUCAUUGCCAUUUCAGGGCAGGUUUCUGAGCAACACCAGCUCCAAACAAGGGUCAACGUGACCCGGUUGUGCCAAGUCACCAGCACAGACCACGGGAAGACCUGGAGCCCGCCCAGAGACCUCACCAACACUGCCAUUGGCUCGGCCCACAGGGAAUGGGCCACCUUUGCCGUGGGCCCGGGCCACUGUCUGCAGCUGCAUAACAAGACCAGAAGCCUGGUGCUGCCUGCCUAUGCUUACCGGAACCUUCACCCCCUCCAGGUGCCUCCCCCCUUUGCCUUCUGCUUCCUCAGUCAUGACCACGGACACACUUGGGAACGAGGGCACUUUGUGGCCCAGGAAACCCUGGAGUGCCAAGUGGCUGAACUUGGGGUUGGGGAGCAGAGUGUGGUGUAUCUCAAUGCCAGAAGCUUCAGGAGAACCAGGGUCCAGGCCGAGAGCACCAACGACGGGCUCAAAUUUAAGAAGCCCCAACCAGUGAAGAAGCUAGUGGAACCUCCUAAUGGCUGCCACGGGAGCAUCAUCAGCUUCUCCAGCCCCCACGCAGAGUCAGCCUCCUCGGACAAGUGGCUGCUCUACAUUCACCCAGCAGACCCAAAGCAGAGGUCUAACCUGGGGGUGUACCUCAACAAGUGGCCGCUGGAUCCCGAGGCCUGGUCCGAGCCUUCUCUGCUGGCUGUGGGCAGCUGUGCCUAUUCUGACCUCCAGAGCAUGGGAGCUGGGCCCGAUGGGUCCCCCCAGUUUGGGUGUCUGUACGAGUCUGAUAAUUACGGGAAGAUCGUCUUCGUGCUAUUCACUCUGAAGCAAGCCUUCCCAGCUGAGAUCUGA